AAGAAAAGUAUUUUCUUCAUAUUUUUCUCUCCUGCUUAUUUCCUCACAUUACUGAAUAAAUUUCUGUUCCAGAAUUGUAUUAGAUACAGAUAUUCUAUCUGAAAUGGACCAGUUUUUGAACACUGCUGGAGGAGCGCCCAUCCCUAAGAAGCCAAGGAAGAAGUCAAAGACUUCAACCAAGAAAGUGGAUGAGGGGAGGACCGGGAAGGAGGUAGUGCCCGUGGCUUUAGCUGAGACGGAGGAGGAGGUGCCAACGCUGAAGAGGAAGGGUUGGGAGGAGAGGAGGGCACUGCAGAAGAAGCAGAAAGUGGUGGAGGAGGAAGAGGGGAAUGGGGUUCAUGAGUUCGUACCUCAGCCUCCUCCUGUUGAGUUGAACCCUGAGCUCAGACGGUUGGAGGAGGGGGCUGAGGUACGGGCUCCUGGUAAGGGAAAGGGCCCUGUUUCCCCAGUGGUGCCUCAAAGCAGCCUGUUCGAGGGAAAUAACGUAAUGGGGGCUAGGUGGUUCAUCAACAGCACCUUCCCCGAAGUGGACAAGCGCAACGCGCGGGAGGAAGCUCUGAGGUACGGGGGAGCAUCUGUUGUGAAGCAUGUUCUUGAGAGCGCGAGCUGGGUGAAUGGUCUAGCCCAGGAGUUCAGGGAGAGUAUAAAGGAGCGCGCACUCUUGCAGAGGCAGUGUGACCAGCUGCAGAAGGAGAAGGAGGAGCUGGAGAAGAAAAAUAAAGAUCUGCAAGAGUCGUUGGACGAGGUGGUUCCAACUCUAAAGCAGUUGGAGCAGGAGAGAGCUUCCCUGAGCACCAAGCUCGGCUUUGAAGAGAGCAAACGAAAGAUCUUUGAAAGCGAGCGUGAGGCUCAGGCGCAAGAACUAAAGCUAACGAAGGAGGCUUUCUUGGAGCUGAAGGGGAAUGUGCAGACCUUGGUGCACAAUGGGAUGAAGGAGCACAUCAGUAACUUCAUCAGCUCCAGCUCGUUUGACAACAUCGUCAACUUAUACCGGCUGCCGACUGCCAUCAUUGCAUUCACAGACUGCAGGAAGAAGGUGAAGGCAGAAUAUCCCGAAGUGGAUAUUACGAAGAUCACCUUCGGAGAGCAAGAAGAAGGGGUGGAGGAAGAUGGUGAAAGCAUGUCAGCAGACUUCCGUCCUCAGAUCAAACUGAGGUGGGAGGAUGAUGCAAACGGGCGUGCUUUUUUCCCUCCACAGUUCGACUUUGAGUUCGUGGCAGUGGAGGAAGAAGGGGCAGAGGUAGAGGAAGAUGAGAUGGAGGCAAGAGUGGAGGGAGCUGAAGUGGAUGAGAACCAACCAGGUCCAGAAGUAGAGAUUCAUCCAGUUCCUUCUGACGAUGAUCAGCCUCUUCUGCCAGACGAGCAGCAGCCAACACAGCCACCUCCUCCAGCUGAGUAGGAGCCAAUGCAGUCACCUCUCCAGUAGAGAACUUUUGUUUUUUUUUUUUUUUUUAAGUUUUGUAAAACAUUGAAACAAUUUGUAAUUCUUCCUUGAAUGAAAAUUCAUUUUUAAAAUCAUGUGUUUGUUUGUGUUUGCUUUACAUUUUUGUUAUUAUUAUUUUUUAUUAAUAAAAGAACUGAGAUUAU